UCGAGUAGUAACCGGUAAGGUCCUGUAAUCAAGUGUUUCCAACUUGCAACUUUGCAAGUGGGAAUAAACAAAAAAAGAACAUUCUUCAUCCCCAAAACAAAUCACUCUUCCAUAGUUUAAGCAGCACAAUUCUGGCAAACUGGGUUUGUCAAGCUAAUUUUUUUUCCUUGUAAUGUGAACUGGGAAUUUGCUAUUAAAGUUCAUUGAUGGAUCAAUUUCUGAAAAUUCAACUUCUUUUGCUGGGAAGAGGGGAGUUCGAUUGGUUUACCCAUAUCACCAUAUGAAAAUAGGUUAAGCUAGUGUUGAAGUUAAUUGGUGCACACAUGUCACUAGAUAGAAGCGAAUGGAAGAAAAAGAUACAUUUUGGGGUUAAGACUUUGUUGUUGUUGUCAUUGUUGCUAGUGUUGAAGUAUUGAGUGUUGUAAUGGGUAUGGAGUAUUAUGUUCAAUUCCAAAAGCUUUGUCAAAUUGAAGCAAGGAGGUAUAUAUUAAUAGUGGGUGUUGUUGCUGUUACUUAUUUGAUGCUUCAAACCUUUAUGCUGCCAUAUGGAAAUGCCCUUAAGUACCUAAUCCCGGAUAAUGAAGGCUUUCUGAGUGUCAGAAGCGGCUUUUCGUCAAGCCAAUCAUCGGUUAAAGCAGAAAAGGAGGAUGAGGUUAAUUCUUUAAGGGUUGUAGGAGUGGUAAAAGUAGAUGAUGAUAAUAAUGAUGAUGAAUUUGUAGAGAGUGACAACGGAUCAAAGGAGAUGAAUAGCAUUGUACAGGAUAUUGUUGCAUCAGAGGGAAAUAGCUGGGAUAAACCUAUUGUAGUUGACAAGCCUUCAGGCCUGGAAUUUGUAGAUGACAUGAAGGGAAAUAGCGGGAAAGAUGAGCAGUUAAUGGGACUAGAACAUCAAAUUUUACUUGACAGCAAUUUGGAAUUGAAUAGGAGUUCUAGUUUAGAUGGAAAUGGAAAUGAAAAUGUUGAGAGUUGGAACCGAGCAAAUCUUGAACAACCUGAGAAUUUGAGGAAGCUCCCAGACAUUGAUCUUGCUGUUCGAAAGAAUGAUUCUGAAGCGAAGGGUGCUCGUCGAAGGAAGAAGGUGAGACCUGGAAUGCCUCCAAUCUCAGUGACACCCAUAGCUAAGAUGAACCGGAUAUUAGCGCGGCACCUUGCUUUUUCUCGUAAAAUGAAACCGCAAUGGUCGUCUCUCCAUGACCGUGACAAGGAUAUUUUUGAUGCAAAGUUGAAGAUUAUCAAUUCUGCUGUUUCUGAUGUUGAUAAGGAGCUUUAUGCUCCUGUUUUCAGAAAUGUUUCUACGUUUAUGAGGAGCUAUGAAUUAAUGGAGAAAACAUUGAAAGUGUAUGUCUAUAAAGAUGGAAAAAAGCCUAUAUUUCAUCAACCAAUACUUAAGGGACUAUAUGCUUCAGAGGGGUGGUUUAUGAAACUUAUGGAGGGAAACAAGCACUUUGUUGUGAAAAACCCAGAAAGAGCACACCUAUUUUACAUGCCUUUUAGCUCAAGAAUGCUAGAGUAUGAACUGUACGUGCCGAAUUCUCAUAACCGCACAAAAUUAAGGGAAUUUGUGAAGGGGUACACUGAAGCAAUUGCAGCAAAAUAUCCUUUCUGGAACAGAACAGGGGGAACAGAUCACUUUGUUGUUGCUUGCCAUGACUGGGCCCCAUAUGAAACCAGGCACCAUAUGGAGAAUAGCAUCAAAGCCCUUUGCAAUGCUGAUGUGACUAUAGGAUUCAAGAUAGGUAGGGAUGUGUCAUUGCCAGAAACCUUUGUUCGAUAUGCAAGAAAUCCUCUAAGAGACAUUGGAGGAAAACCGGCGUCAAAGAGAAACAUCAUGGCUUUCUACGCUGGAAACAGCCAUGGGUAUUUACGUCCAAUCCUGCUAAAACAUUGGAAGGACAAGGACCCUAAUAUGAGAAUAUAUGGUCUGUUGCCCAACAGUGUUUCAAGAAAGAUGAACUAUAUGCAACACAUGAAAAGUAGCAAGUAUUGCAUAUGCCCCAAGGGCCACGAGGUCAAUAGCCCAAGAGUUGUUGAAGCCAUCUUCUACGAAUGUGUGCCUGUAAUAAUUUCAGACAAUUUUGUACCUCCCUUUUUUGAGGUCUUGAAUUGGGAGGCAUUCUCAGUUAUUGUAGCAGAGAAAGACAUUGCAAACCUGAAAGAUAUUUUGUUAUCGAUACCAGAAGACAAGUAUUUUGAGAUGCAGCUUGCUGUGAGAAUGGUUCAGCGGCAUUUCCUCUGGCAUGCUAGGCCUCUGAAGUAUGAUCUUUUCCAUAUGACUCUUCAUUCUAUUUGGUAUAGCAGAGUUUUUCAGAUGCGAAGGCAAUGAAACAAAGAUCCAAGUUUCAACCAGUUUGUGCUGAAACGCAAAAAAGAGGGAGAUUAUACUGAAGCAAUGAUAAUUAUGAGGCUAUACUACCCGGGACCUUAUACGAGAACCCAACAGGUAUUCUACUUAUACGAAAAUAGCCAUUUUUAAAAACAUUUGAUAGCUGAAUUCAAAAUUGCACAUACUCGUCUUUGUAAUAAUGUUUUCAUCGGUGUAUUCUUUUUUCCACGUAAAGUGAGUAAUCUACCUACUGAGUAGCGCCAAGCUUUUUGCAUCA